GUCCUUCACUUUCGUUAUAUUCUGGACACGUCGUGUUCACGUCGACAAUUUAAUCUUUAAUCAUCCAGAUACAGUAACAAAACCGUUUCAUCAAAAUGUCCUCUUCGGAUUCUAGAACAAGUGCAUCGUCCGUCAUCUCUAGUAUUUCUCUACUUUCGGAUCGUAUAGAGAAGCAGCGAAUUGAUAUUAGCAAAUUUAUACCUACCAACCAAAAACUGAAUUUCCGAGGAUCCAAAGUGAAACGAUUUAAACCCAUUGCCACUCAGGGUCUUUAUGUUAAAAUGAUUGAGAAGAGUGAUGAAUUGCAGUAUAUUGUACAAAGGCUUGUUCAAGCAAUAACUAACGAUCUUAACAAUAUACAUCAGUUACUUCAACUUAUUCCCGAUUUAUUGUUGGUGGAUUACAAAAUAGAAAAAUAUACAUCACAGGAUUAUGAGAUGCAAAUUGGAACUUUGUUUGAAAUUGCAGCAAGGAAACAUAAAGAUGUGCAAGAGGGUGACAAUAUAUUUACUUAUGAGAGCAAGGAAGGAAAAAACUUGUCUCUCAUGAUUGAUCAGUUCUUAUGGUAUUUAUGCAAGCAAUUGACAGCUAACACUCAGAUUUUAGCUACGUUUGAAAAAACAAUGCGCAUUUUUCUAAGUUUCUUGCGACACGUUAGCAAAAGUGAGGUCGAUGCCUUGCGUUUAACAGCAUAUAUAUUUGCUUUUAGAAUUAAUAAAUAUUUCUGUGUGCGAAAAGUUCAACUUGCUAUCCAGGAAUCGUUGGUAGACCUUGAUCGUGCCGCAAUAAUUUACGAUGCUAUUAAUAACAUCAUCAGCACGUACGAGCUUGAUUCAAUUUACGGCGGUCGACAACACAACUUUUUAUUUCAUUCAUAUAAUUUGGAAUUUGCAUUGUACUACCACAUUUACAUCGUGACAGAUGAUGCAAAUCAAUUUGCCAACGAAAAGAAUAUUACAUUCUUAAGUGAUCUGCUUGAAUUGAAGAAAGUUACGAUGAUUAAAAAUCUCAUUGAAAGUUGCACCAUUUUAUUGCAUCAAACACAUUUAACUCACAUAUUUCAAAUGGAGUCAUUUCAUAAAAUUGUUGAAAACUUAUACUGCCGACUGAAUCAUACGAAUAAUGAUAUUGCCAUGCUGUCAGCAAUUUUCUUCGCCACAGCUUUUCAGUAUAGGCAUCAGUUGAGGAUCACAGAAAAACUUUUGAUCAGAUUGAUAAUUCGAUCUUACAGCAUCAAUUUGAAACUGGCUCGUAAGUGUGCCCAAGCUCUUGCGAUGUAUUUAAAAGAAUUUGAUGACACCAUUGUCUACAAACUACUGAUCAAAAUGGUGUCUAAAUUUGACAAAGAUACAUACGAACAAGCGAGCAAAGUAAAAUAUUCAUAUCUUGUGGAAUCGUUAUACCAUUACUUAGUGCUGCUGCAACCGUAUCAUAUUGUGGCAAAACUAAAGCAUCCAAAGCUUUUCACCGACGAAGAAUAUAAAGGGAUGAUAGAGUUAUGGUAUAAUUCAUGUUGCAUGUUUUACAAUGGUAAAAUUGGCGUAGAUCGUACUCGAACAAAGAUACAAGUAGCAGACGACGAUGAUAAAAACAACACGACGUUUUUCAUUUUGAGUAAUACUCCUAAGCUACUGGCAAGUACAAAUGAUAGCGAUGCUAUGAUAUGGAUAUUUAAGUCGCUAGCGUUAAUUGAAUAUAAUACACCUGAGGUGUACCAGCUGAAAAAUGUAUUGAAUGGUAUUGUUCUGGAGAGUAUCAAACAUCUCGACAAUGUGAAAAUUAACGAGUGUCUUUCCAUGAACAUAGCUUUAUUUAUUCAAAAAGCUUCAUAUGUCAAUGGAGGAGAGUCUUAUUUGACAAUGUUGGAAGUGGAAUUAGCCAAGACUAUUAAGCAAUACAAAGAAGAUUUAAGCCAAUUAUAUAAUUGCAAUGGUGCUGAAGAUUCAUUGGUAGAAUUUAAGUUAAGAAUUGUACGUGCGGCCAUAAAGAUUAGAGCUAUCUUUACAUGUAAUAUUUCUCGCAAUACCCUGGACAUUGAGUUGUUUUAUAAUUAUUGGAUAGAUUCGGAUUUGCCAGAUGAAAUUAUUACUGAGCAAAUCAAAAUAUGUACUCUAUACUUUAUGCGUCAAUUCAGAGCGCUAAUCCAAAACGAAGAUAAUAAUCGAGAAAUUGACCACCAUACUCUAGAACGUUUGAAAAUAGAGGCACGCUCAUAUUGGGUGUCAAUGGACAAGCUAUUGGAAAGCAAUAUGAAUUUCUACAGCACUGUACUUGAAGCAAUGGGGAUUCUGAUUGGGAACUACAAGUUGCUAUUCACUCCUGAGAUUUUACACAACAAUCCCAUUUUGCUGCAAGCAUCUUGGAACUAUACGGAGUAUUGGAGUACGGUUGAAAGUAUUUUUGAUACUUUUUUGGAGGAGUGUGUACUGAAAAGUAACGACGUGGCUAUUCCGAUUAAUACUCGUCGAAGAUACUUCAACAUUAUAUUUACACUUUAUUAUCACCCAGAGCAGCCGAACCAAUUCACUCCCUUUAUCACUAAAUUGGUUGUUUACUAUGAACACUGUCAUGAAUUAUUCCAAUCUUCAUACAAACACUUUUUCAAUGAAGUUAUCGCAUAUGAUAUUGCGGAUUACUUCCAUUUAAUUGUAUCGGCGCUAAAAUUUAUUGACGAAGACACUAAUGUGAUUAUUAAUACGGAAAAACUUUGCAAGUUGUUAGCGGCGUUCCUUUUGAAUACGGAAAUUGUAGAUUUUUGAAAUUCUGUAUCGAUUUCGUUGUGGAGAGGGAGAAUUAUUCGAUUCUUAAAUAUAUUCCAACAUUUGCUGGGGAUCUACCCAAGAGUGAUAGGGAGGAUGUGAAUUCAUAUGCAGGGAGGUUGUUAACCGCCGAGCACAUGAUCACAUUGUAAAAGAUACUUCUUUUGAUUUUACGAUGUUUUUAUUUAUUUACAAAUCUGUAUAAAUUUUAGUUGAUGAUUAAUAUGGUUGUAAUAUAACAUACAACCCGAGUAGAUUCUUGAAACAAUAAUUGAUUGAAAAUUUUUUUUUCGCAACUAUUCAAGCUUUCACACUUUCAAAGUACAACUUUUAGAAACAUCACGAGAUGUCGCUAGAGUAAAAAUAUUAUUUAUUACUUUUUGUAUACAUUUAAUAAAUCAGCAUAAGUCUAUGAGUUUCAUAUAAUUUAAACGGUUUAAGAA